AUGACUGACCAAGCGGAAAUACCAUCGUCACAAAGUAAACGUGAGCUAAAAUGUCUAAAAGAGGAAGUUGGAUCGAAAUUGCGAGUUUUCCCGGAUUUUCCAAAGCCAGGGAUCAAAUUUAUAGAUGUAAUGGUAUUAAUGCGCUAUCCGUUGUUACUCAAAGAACUGUGUGCAGCAAUAGCUGAGUAUGUUCGUAUUGAAAUACCGGUUGCAAUAGAUGCAAUUGCUAGUUUAGAAGCUCGUGGUUUUUUAUUUGGUCUCCAAAUCGCGAUGAUAUUGAAAGUGCCUUUUAUUCCAAUUAGAAAAAAAGGCAAGCUACCAGGAAAAACAUACAAAGAAGUCUACCAAAAGGAAUACGGCGAAGAUAUAAUCGAGGUACAAGAAGAUGCAAUCAAACAGGGUUCAAAAAUAUUAUUGGUGGAUGAUCUUUUAGCAACGGGUGGUAGUUUAAAAGCAGCUAUAUCGCUCAUCGAGAAGGCUGGUGGUAACGUUGCUGGAACGUUCACAUUAAUCGAACUUGCUUACCUAGAGCCACGCAAACAUAUGCCAGAGCAUGUUCCUGUUCAUUCUUUUAUCAUUUUAACUGAAUAA